GCGUCGCGGAAGAAUGUCUGCUUCUUCGCGAGGUCCUCGAGGUACUCCUUGACGCCGACGACCUGGGCCGCGCCCUUGGGGUACUUGAGCUUGUUGGCGGCGGCGUUCUUCUUCUUGUCGGCCUGCAUCUUCUUCCACUGGGCGGCCGAGAGGCCGUCGGGGACGUACCUGUGAAGGGUUUCGCGUGACCGGCGGCGCGACGACGUAGCGGCGGCGGCGCGGCGGCGUGGCGCGUGUCGCGGGUUCUAACAGCGCGUUGCGAAACAGUGUAGUGGUGGGCUGGUACGCAGCCGGCCGGGCGCGGAUACGCCGCGGGUGUACACUACUUGCAUGCAUGACUUUUCAGGCGUGCAAGAAGGCGCGAACGGCUACUGCGUGCUGCUGCGCGGCUCGGCCGCGGCCGCCGGCGCGGUUUCGAGGCAGCAUGCGCCUUACGUGGUGA